AUGUGGCUUGUCCAGGAGGGAGACAUCCUAUGUGUUCCAACGUUUGGAUACGCCGAGUUUUUAGAAGUAAACGCGGACAAAUUCCAAAGGUGGCCAGAGCUUUACUUCAAAGUGAGGAAGGUUUUAGGUGCGGUGGAAGGCGAACAGUCUGAGGGUUACCUGGUGGACACGCAGAACACCUCUCUGUAUCUGGUGGGUUCAACAAACAGUGCUGUCCCAUCUGCCCCAGUCUAUAAUAGCCACGAGUUCUGGAGCAGUUUGUCUCCCGCUGGGCUUUCUGAUGUUGUGAAGCAGCUCUGUGAUGCUCUUCGGCCUCACCUGAACAGUCGGGCAAGUGCACUGAGCGGGGCCGGCAGCAUUCUCCUCUCAGGGCCAAGCGGCAGUGGGAAACUGAUGGCUGUCAGAGCUGCGUGUAGCUGCCUCAACCUCCACCUCUUCAAGGUUGAUUGUGUGAGUUUGUGCAGUGACACCAGUGGAGCCACAGAGGAGAAAAUACAGAUGGCCUUUGCAGAGGCCCAGCAGUAUCAUCCAUGUGUGCUCCUGUUUUUUGAGGUGCUUGGCAGGGACCGGGACAGGCUAGGAGAGGACCCCAGGGUCAUCGCUACUCUGAGACAGCUGCUCCUGGACAGAGACCCGGCACUGAGCUGCCACCCUGUCCUGGUGAUCGGCACAACCUGCAAGCCCCAGGAUGUCCCUGCAGACGUGCAGACUGCUUUCCUUCACGAGGUGAAAAUCGAAGCCCUUUCAGAAGAGCAGAGGAGGUUGAUGCUGAGUUUGCUGCCUGGCAGCCUGCCUCUGGGCAAAGAAGUGAGCCUGUCCAAGCUGGCCCGCAGGACUGCAGGUUUUGUGCUGGGAGAUUUCUGUGCCUUGUUGUCCCACAGCAGCCGGGCUGCUUGUACCCGCAUCCAGGCCUUGAGUUUUCCAGGUGGACUGAGUGAGGAGGUGGAGAGAGAUUUUUGCACUGCUGGGUUCCCGGUGCUUGAGGAGGAUUUUAGUGUUGCGCUGGACCAGCUGCACGACGCCCAUUCACAGGCAGUGGGAGCCCCGAAGAUCCCCUCCGUGUCCUGGCAGGAUGUUGGUGGGCUCCAGGAGGUGAAGAAGGAGAUCCUGGACACGAUCCAGUUGCCUCUGGAGCACCCGGAGCUGCUGUCGCUGGGUCUGUGCCGCUCUGGUCUGCUGCUGUACGGGCCUCCAGGGACAGGGAAGACCUUGCUGGCAAAAGCCGUGGCAACCACAUGCGCCAUGACGUUCCUUAGCGUGAAAGGGCCAGAGCUCAUCAACAUGUACGUUGGGCAAAGCGAGGAGAACGUGCGUAAUGUGUUUGCCAGAGCCAGAGCAGCUGCUCCUUGCAUUAUCUUCUUUGAUGAACUGGAUUCCCUGGCCCCUAGUCGUGGACGGAGUGGAGAUUCAGGGGGCGUCAUGGACGGAGUUGUCUCACAGCUCCUGGCUGAGCUUGAUGGCCUUCACUCCACCAGAGAGGUGUUUGUCAUUGGAGCUACGAACAGGCCUGACCUCCUGGACCCAGCUCUGCUCCGGCCGGGCAGGUUUGACAGGCUGGUCUAUGUGGGCAUAAACGAAGACCGAGAGUCGCAGAUGCAGGUGCUGAGCGCCGUCACCAGGAAGUUUAAACUGGAUCCUUCUGUGAAUCUUGCCACCGUUUUAGAAAAAUGCCCAGCUCAGCUGACAGGAGCAGACAUCUACGCCCUGUGCUCAGACGCCAUGAUGUGCGCCGUCAAACGCAAGGUGGAAUGGAUCGAGGAAGGGCUGGAUACCGAGAGCUCUGCUCUGAUCCUGACCAUGGAAGACUUCCUGCAGGCUGCUGCGAGGUUGCAGCCGUCAGUCUCUGAGCAGGAGCUGCUCAGGUACAGACUCAUCCAGCAGAAGUUUGCCGCGCGCUAG